AAGGAGAAAAGCUACGCGAGUGACUCUCUCAAUCUGUAAGUUUUCCGCGUGUGUGUCGCACUGGAGGGGAGGAAGCGAUGGCAGCCCCGGUGAAAGCAGCGCUGGUUCUCCUGGUUCUCACCGUGGCAACUGCCAUGUGUGCGGAGGUGGAGGAGCGGCUGGUGAGUCACCUGUUGUCUCCAGAGCGCUACAACAAGCUGAUCAGACCAGCUGUCAACAACAGCCAGCAGGUCACCAUUUACAUCCAGGUGUCUCUGGCCCAGCUGAUCAACGUGAACGAGAGGGAGCAGAUCAUGACCACCAACUGUUGGCUCAGUCAGGUAUGGAAUGACUACAGAUUAAUGUGGGACCCUGAAGAGUACGAGGGAAUCAAGAAAAUCCGGCUCCCGUCACAACACAUCUGGCUGCCGGACAUAGUCCUCUACAACAAUGCUGAUGGGACCUACGAAGUCUCUUUCUACUCCAAUGCUGUGGUCUCCAACAACGGCGAGGUGGCCUGGCUCCCACCAGCUAUCUACAAGUCGGCCUGCAAAAUUGAAGUCCGUGAUUUCCCUUUUGACCAGCAGAACUGCACGCUCAAGUUUCGCUCUUGGACGUACGACCACACGGAGAUCGAUCUCAUCCUCCUCAGUGACUUCGCUUCACGAGACGACUUCAAGCCCAGCGGUGAGUGGGAUAUUGUUUCGCUUCCCGGACGUAAAAACGAAGACCCUAAUGAUAUCAGGUACCUGGAUAUCACCUAUGACUUUAUUAUCAAGAGAAAACCUCUCUUCUACACCAUCAACCUGAUCAUUCCCUGUGUCCUGAUCACGUCGCUGGCUAUUCUGGUUUUCUACCUCCCGUCAGACUGUGGUGAGAAGAUGACUCUCUGCAUCUCUGUCCUCUUGGCCCUGACUGUGUUUUUACUCCUAAUCUCAAAGAUUGUGCCACCCACUUCUUUAGCAGUGCCUCUGAUCGGAAAGUACCUAAUGUUUUCAAUGGUGCUGGUCACCUUCUCCAUCGUCACCAGCGUUUGCGUGCUCAAUGUGCACCACCGGUCCCCCAGUACGCACACGAUGCCUCCUUGGGUCAAGCGUGUCUUCCUGUACCAGCUCCCCUCUUUCCUCUUCAUGCGGAGACCCGGUAGCUCCAACAUCCGCGAGAAGUUCCGGAAAAAACACCAGCAGCGAUCAUACUCCGACCAUAAGCUGCGUGGAGCCGACGGAGGGACCGGAAGUCCAGGAAUGACAGAUUCCUCCUCUUCCUUCUUUGUGAAUGAGGAGUCGGCCAAACGAUACGGCUGGAAGAUCAGCGACUUGUCAGAGAACACAGAGUUCAGGAAGAGGAUGACACUCAAAUGCAAAGUUGACAUGGAGGAUGCCGUGGACGGGGUUCGCUACAUCGCUGAGAAGAUGAAGAGCGAGGAUGAUGAUGAAGGGAUAAUUGAAGACUGGAAGUACGUUGCCAUGGUGAUUGACCGUCUCUUCCUGUGGAUCUUUGUGUUCGUGUGUGUGGUCGGGACGCUGGGCCUCUUCAUGCAGCCUCUGUUUAAUAGUUACAACACUCCCAUUGUCGAUGAACUGGACCAUGACUAAAGUCUGCAGCAUCAUCAUGAACUUUGAGUGCCCCCCAGAAAAACAGAGCUCCGACAACAUUUUAACACACA